AUGGUGGGCUGGGGGGUGGCGGUUCUAUGCUUGUGGGUCUCCUGCGGCGCUGCCGCCGAACAGCUGGAGUACUUAGUGUUGGAGGAGACGGAGCGGGGCGUAGCCGUAGGCAAUGUUGCCGCGGACUUGGAGCUGCCCGCGGCCGCUCUGUCCUUGCGGAACUUUCGCUUCCUUUCCAGCCACCGCGAGCUCUACUUCGGGGUGGACCUGGCCAACGGUAGUUUGGUGGUCCGAGAACCGGCGGACCGCGAGCAGCUGUGCGGAACCAAAGCUGCCUGCGUCUUGACCUAUGAGCUAGUCCUCGAGGACCCGCUGGAACUGCAUAAGAUACACGUUCACGUCCUGGACGCCAAUGACAACUCACCUCUCUUCCCUGCCGGGGACGUGCAGAUGCACAUCCCGGAGUUCCUGGCGCCUGGAGCCCGAUUUACUCUCCCUAGUGCUCAAGAUACCGACGAGGGAAGCAACGGAGUACUAAGCUACAGCCUGAGCUCCAGCCAGCACUUUCGCUUGGACAUAGGGUCACGGGUAGACGGCAGUGAAUACCCAGAGUUGGUGCUGGAGAAAGCGCUGGAUCGCGAGCAGCGCGCCACCCACCUGCUGGUGCUCACGGCUCGGGACGGUGGGCUGCCCGCGCGUUCCGGAGACGCACAAGUCACCAUCAUCGUGGUGGACACAAACGACAACACGCCUGUAUGCAAGCGCUCCGUAUACCGCACGAAGGUGCCAGAGACUGCGCCCAAUGGGACUGUGUUAUUCCGAGUUCAGGCCUCAGAUCCGGAUGAAGGCUUCAAUGGGGAAGUCCGAUACUUCUUAAGCAACAGCACACAAGCAGAGCUGCGACAUCGCUUUCACGUGCACCCUGAAAGUGGGGAGGUACUGGUAGCUGCUUCACUAGGACCGCCUGAAACGCUGUUGGAGGCGUACAUCGAGGCGAGGGACAAAGGCACCUUCGGUCUAGCUAGCACCGCUAAACUGCUGGUGGAGGUGACUGAUGUAAACGAUCAUGCCCCUGAGGUGAACUUCAUGACUCUCUCCAGCCCAGUACCUGAGGACGCCAUCCCUGGCACAGUGAUUGCUCUCCUCAGUGUAAAGGACGAGGACCUUGGUCCCAAUGGUAGGGUAACUUGUAGCAUGUCCAGCGGAGGCCCUUUUCAGUUGAAGCCUUCCUUUGACAACUACUACAGUCUGCUAACAGAUGGGCCUCUAGACCGGGAGCAGAUCAGUGAAUACCAGGUUCUGAUCACUGCCUCAGAUGGUGGCUCGCCCCCACUUAGCACUCAAAGGACACUCACUGUGUCAGUUGCUGAUGUGAACGACAAUACACCAAGCUUUCCUCAAGCACAACAGGAACUUUUCGUGCCUGAAAACAAUAACCCUGGGGCCUCUCUAGGCCGUGUGGUUGCCCAGGACCCGGACCUGGGGAAGAAUGGCCUUGUCUUUUAUGAUCUGUUGGAUAUUACCUCUGAUAGGCCACCAGCCUCUAGCUUGGUGGCAGUGGAAUCAUCCAGUGGGGCUAUCACUGCCAAAACUUCCUUUGACUUUGAACGGCUCAGGGGAUUUCGAUUCCAGGUGGAAGGCCAGGAUGGAGGCAUUCCUCCCAGAAGUGCCACAGUGACAGUAAACUUGUUUGUGGUAGAUAGGAACGACAAUGCUCCAGUCAUCUUGUUUCCCUUGCCUAGAAAUGGCUCUGUUCCAGUAGAAAUUGUGCCCCGCUCUGCCAGAACUGGACAUUUGGUCACAAAAGUGGUAGCAGAGGAUGCAGACAGUGGUUCCAAUGCCUGGCUUUCCUAUCACAUCUCACAGGCUUCUGACUUUAGCCUUUUCAGAAUUUCAGCCAGUGUGGGAGAACUCCGUACUGCUCGCUUAGUUCUUCCCACUGAUGCAGUUAAGCAGAAGGUAGUGGUAAUGGUUCAGGACCAUGGAGAUCCACCACUCUCCUCCUCUGUCAUUCUGGGAGUGUUAUUAAUCAACUCUGCCCCUCAGGUCCUUCCAGACUUUGAAGAUAUCUGGGAGCCAGGAGGGCAGCUUUCUGCCCAGAACUUGUAUUUAGUAAUUGCCCUGGCCUGUAUUUCCUUUUUAUUUUUUGGGUGCUUACUUUUCUUCAUGUGGAUCCAGUUGAGCCAGAGCCCAGGUUGUCACUGUCAGAGCUGCUGUCGCUCUCCAGAGGAUCUGAGGUGUGAAAGGAAGAUGAUUUCAAAUCCUUGCAUGACAUCAGCCACAAUAGAUGUCACUACAAUUGAGAGACUUUCUCAGACUUAUCUCUAUCAGACCUCUCUGGGACUUGGUUCUGAUAAUAACAGUUUGCUUUUGUGUGGGGAGUACAAUGCUGCUGACCUGAGAAAUCUGGCCACUGGGGUAGGACUGAAUUUGCCAAUAUCCUGUAUUCAGAUUCGGAAUAGGAAAGGGGAUCACACACAUGUCAAUGCCAUGGUAAGCAAACUUUAA